UCUGCUUUGUGCCAGCCAGAACAGGGGGUUUAACACUGACAACAGCAGUCAUACGGUGGCAACAAGAAGAGACUUUGUUCCCCCCAAACAUUAUUCCAGAAGUCUAGAGGACGGAAAAUAACACAGAUUUUUUACGGAUUAAGAUUAACAACAAUCUAACUUUCUGAUCCCAAUCAGCCAAGGUUUAGAUCUGCUCCCAUGAAGGGUGAGGAUCCGCCCAUCAGGAGCCCUGAAUGCUGUUCGCUUUCAUCACCCAGGAUGGAGCUGCUGAGCCCCCCACAGGGAAAGGAUCACGCUCAGAACGUCACAGAGAAGGUCACGCAGGUGCUUUCUUUGGAGUCAGACGUCCUUCCCGAAUACAAGCUGCAGGUGCCAGAGACGGCUUGGUGGAUCCUGCUUCACUACAGCCCCUUCAAAGCGUUUUGGGACUGGAUUAUUCUCCUCCUAGUCCUCUACACAGCUGUUUUUACUCCGUACUCAGCAGCCUUCCUGCUGGACGAACAUGGCAACCUACGGCAAAGGAGAUGUGGCUACACCUGUAACCCUCUGAAUGUAGCGGACCUCAUGGUGGACGUGCUGUUUAUUGUGGACAUAAUCAUUAACUUUCACACUACGUAUGUGGACCACAAUGACGUGGUGGUAACGCAGCCGAGCCGGAUAGCCAAGCAUUACAUCAAGGGCUGGUUUCCGAUUGAUCUGCUUGCAGCAACACCCUUUGACCUUCUCAUGUCCAGAUCUGGGUCUGAUGAGAUGGUGACCUUAACAAGCUUGCUGAAAACAGCUCGGCUUCUGAGGCUGGUCCGCGUGGCCAGAAAGCUAGACCGAUAUUCUGAAUACGGGGCUGCUGUCCUCUUCUUGCUCAUGUGCACCUUUGUGCUCAUCGCCCACUGGCUGGCCUGCAUCUGGUACGCCAUUGGCUUUGUGGAGAGGCCAUACACGGAGACCGGCUGGUUAGACAACCUGGCCGAACAGGUAGGGAAGGCGUACAAUGAAAGUGACGCCACCUCUGGCCCGUCGGUAAAGGACAAGUACGUCACAGCCCUCUACUUCACCUUAAGCAGUUUGACAAGCGUGGGGUUUGGAAACGUCUCGCCAAACACCAACUCUGAGAAGAUCUUCUCCAUCUGCGUCAUGGUGAUUGGAUCUCUUAUGUACGCCAGUAUCUUUGGAAAUGUGUCUGCUAUCAUCCAGAGGCUUUAUUCUGGCACGACCCGCUAUCACACCCAAAUGCUGCGGGUCAAAGAGUUCAUUCGCUUCCACCAAAUUCCUGGUGGUUUGCGCCAACGACUGGAGGAGUACUUCCAGCAUGCCUGGUCUUACACAAAUGGCAUAGACAUGAAUGCUGUGAGUAGAUCAAAGGUCUUGAAGGGGUUUCCGGAGUCCUUGCAGGCAGACAUCUGUUUGCACCUAAAUCGCUCUUUGCUGCAGAACUGCAAGGCUUUCUGUGGAGGGAGCCAAGCGUGUCUGAGGACCCUAGCUAUGAGGAUCAAGACAGUCCAUGCACCUCCAGGGGACACUCUGAUCCACUAUGGAGACUUCCUGGACUCUCUCUUCUUUAUCUCACGUGGUUCCAUCCAAGUCAUGAAGAAUUAUGUUGUUGUAGCUUUAUUAGAGAAGAAUGACAUAUUCGGCGAGCCUAUCCACCUGUAUGAUGAGCCGGGACGGUCCAACGCAGACGUGUACACCAUCACCUACUGCGACCUCCAUCGGAUUCCGAGGGAAGACCUCCUCGACGUUCUGGAUAUGUACCCAAGCUUUGCAGACAACUUCUGGAGAAACCUGGAGAUCACUUAUAACCUGCGAGAUCAGACUGAUCAAAUGCCUCCAAUAAUCACUGAUGAAUCUGGGGAGGAUGAUGAAUAUCGCCACAAACCGAGGCACAAAGUCCACUCGCUUGACUGCAGAAUAAGACCAGAUGGAAUCGAUCAUGAAGACACGUACCCUCAUCGCUCCUGCCAUCACUCACCUCCUCAGGCCAGCUGGGAGGACCCCUGGAGCUGUGACUCCUCCUGUUCUCGGUCCAGUGAGGGUCUGUCGAAGCCCAACACUCAAAGCUCCAGACUGGAGCAUUGUCCCACUGAAGAUUCCAGUCGGCAAUAUUCCCCCUCUGUGGCUCUACAGCUGCCUCUAAGUGGCCCUUCGGUGGGGAGGGACCAGAGUCAACAAGGUUCACCCUUGGAUCUGCCAGGAAUGUAUCGAUACUGGCCAGUACAGCAACAGGUUUCUAGUCAUGUUUUAUCCUCCUCCAUCGAUAACCCAAACGCCCCACCACUGAUCGCAGAGGAGAGGCCAAGUGAGCUUGAAUCUCAACUUGAAGUCCUCCAGUCACAGCUUAACAGGCUGGAAACUCGUAUGACGGCCGACAUCAACGUCAUUCUCCAGCUUCUACAGAGACAGAUUGCUCCAGUUCCCCCAGCAUACAGCACCGUGUCACCCAGUACGCUGCCCAUUGACUCAUCUUCUCUGUAUGGGACUGGGGCUCCAGUAUUGCACAGCAUUUAUCCAGAUUCCCCAGAUCAGAUGGACAGCAAGGUAUCCAAACAGAUAUUGGACCAGGUGGAUCUUAAAUUCUCUAAGAAGUCUCAGGAGUCCUUAUCCAGUGGCAUCCACAUGACAGCAGCCUCUGAUGACACCACGUUUAUGACUGUCACCCCUGAAACUGAGACUUGUGUUGGUUUAGCCUCCUCAUUAACACAGAAAAUCCCCAAAUCAGUACCUGAACCCCACUCUAGACUGUGUGAGACGGUCCGCUACCCCUCUUUACCGGUGAACCUGGACCUGACCACAGGACGGGCUGAGAUCCAGAAACAUACCUCAGACCCGGUGCUGCCUGCAACCUGAUUGGUCGGCUUCACCUGGAAAGGACUCAAAGUUUCUCUCAGGUUUUGGACAGAAGUCAUACAAGAAAUCUACCCUGUUUUGUUUCCAGCAGCUAUCGGUCAACACGUGAACGGGAAAAAUUACAUGCAGUGCCUUGUAAAGGUGCCAUUAGUGUUUUCAUGUAACAACCUCAAGCUUUGUUUGGAUUUAUUGGUAUUUAAUAUGAAAUACCAACACAAAGUAGUGCAUAGUUGUAAAAUCAAACAAAAAUACCUAAAUACCAAGAGUAUCUUGGUGCAAGUUCAACCUCCCACUAAUUAUUUGUAGUCUCCCUUUAUCUUCUAAUUAACUCCUUUCAUUCAGUCUCAUCAGAUUUCAUUUUCUCAAUUCAGGGUCAAAUGCAGUUUUUUUUCUUUCCAUUUUUUUUUAUACACAUGCGGUUUUGAACGGGUCAGAUAAUUCAGUCUUGAUUCAUAUGAUUUGUGACUCCCCUACAUAGUUUAGUGCAAACUUGAAAUUAUAUAUGUGAUAUCCGUUAAGAUGUGAUUUGAUUAGAGCAUGAAAAUGAAUGUAAGAUUCUCCUACCUGAGCCGUGCAUCUCUGCAGCUCUUCUAGUUACAAUGGGCCUCUUGGCUGCUUCUCUGAUUGACGAUGUCCUAACACAUUAUUCACCAAUUGUUUCCAUCUGAAGGUUUUUGAUUGGACUCCUAGAAAAACAAAAUAAAAGUGGCUGAAUACAGAGAUAUCUGUAAAAUUUUAUUUAAUGUUUGAAGAAUAUAUAAAGCUAUUAUAACACACAUUUA